GCUGAGCUGGCUUUGAACUUGUGAUCUUUCUGCCUCAGUCUCCAAGUCGCUGGAUUAUAGGUGUGCGCCACCACGCCCAGUGAAAGAGCAAACUUUUGGGCCCAUUGGGUCCCAAGGCUAAAGUCUGGAAUCCAAAAUUGAGAAUCUUUUGGGGGAGGAAAAUAAGGAAUCCCAAACUUAAAUUCCUGAGGAUGGAGACUGGGACCGAAUUCUCAAGGAAGUUUAAAAGUCUAGGUCACUGAGGGAAAACUUAUGGGUUGGAGGAGAGUGUCCUGUGCUCCUCUGGGAGUACAGCCCCGCCCCAGGUCUUGGGAGGAGUGGGGCUUCACGGAGGAGGCAGAUGUAAAUUGAAAAGGGCCCUGAGAAACAGCCCUCGCACCCCAAGUCAGGUUCCCUGGGUUGGAUCAGAGCUGGACUUAGGUACUCUGGAGGGUGUUUUUGGGGUGAGGGUAGGUGGGCCUCUGUGGAAGGCGAGAAUUGGGAAGCGAGAGACGUGGCGGGAUCUCCCCCUUCCGUGCCUCUGAGGAUACGAGCUGAGCUGAGCGUCCGCGAGCCGUUUCCUCCCACAGGAAACCGCAGGCGUCGGGCACACCCUGCCUGCAGGAGAGGCGCCCACUGGCCGCCCGAGGGAGGCCCAUGUGGGCAGCAGCUGGCUGCGGAGGGGGCAGGUCCUGCGGAAAGAGGGUGUGAUCAAGAGGGGCGUGGCCAGAGGAUGCAAAGGCGGCAGCGCUGAGGUCCCGCCCACUUCCGCCUCCCAAUGCGCAGACGCGGUAGGUGGCCAAGGGCUUUUGGCGGCUUCUUUGGAAGCCGUUGGCCGCGCAUGCGUAGCGUGUUUCUGCGAGGACCAAAGGCAGCGCUCUGUCCUCGGAGAUACGGAGAGCUCACGGGACCUGUCCCCUUGCGCUAGUGAGCCCCGGCACGCAAGUCCAAGAAUGUGAGAGAUGGGGAGGUCAGGAGUGGUGUGGGGUCCCAGCCUGAGAGAUAUACCCAUACGGUCCCUGGGAGGAACUGAGACUCAGAGAAAGGAGCCCCGCCUUCUUUGGCCAAGAUGCCUUUGGAACUCUCUGCAAAGAGCAACCGCUCCGAGGAUGGAAGCGAGUCCUUCCUGGAGGGAAUGAUGGAUUGGGAGCUGAGCAAGUUGCAGCGACAGUGCAAGGUCAUGGAAGGGGAAAGGCGGACCUAUAGCAAGGAAGUCCACCAGCGCAUCAACAAGCAACUCGAGGAGAUCCAGCGCCUGGAGCAGGUGCGGGCCAAGCUCCAGAUGCAGAUCAGCGUGGCCCAGAGCCAAGUCAAGAGGCUGCGGGACAAUGAGCGGCUGGAGAACAUGGACCACCUGCUUAAGUGCAAGGCGCGGGCUCAGGCCAAGGUGGAGGAGCUGCAGGAGCAGAUGAAGGCCCUGGACAAGCAGAUCGAUGAGUGGGAGACCCGCAUCUUCACCCAGGGCAAGAGCGCCAGGGCUCCCGGCUUCAUCCAGAAAGAGAAGGCCAAGGUCCAGCGAAGGAUCAAGAUCCUGGAAGACCAGUUGAACAGGGUCACCUGUCACUUUGACAUCCAGCUGGUACGGAAUGCGGCCCUGCGGGAGGAACUGGACCUGCUGCGCAUUGAAAGGCGCCGCCAUCUGAACGUGGACCGCAAGAUGAAGAAGGAGAUCCACCACCUGCGGCACAUGGUCAGCUCGCUCAUCUUCUCCUCCACCUCCGCCUACACCGUCAGGGAGGAGGCAAAGACCAAAAUGGGCGUGCUUCGGGAGCGGACAGAGAAGGAGGUGGCCCAGAACGACACGGAGGUGCAGAUCCUGCAGCGGCAGAUAUCACACUUGGACCAGCUGCACCGUUUCCUCAAGCUCAAGAACAACGACCGUGGGGAUCUCACCGCGGAGAAGCCUGGGGAGGCGGCGGAAGGACUCCGAAAGAGCUCCCAGGAUAAGCUGGUGAUGCGCUAUGAGGACACCCUGAGUAAACUGUCCCAGCUGACCGGCGAGAGCAACCCGGAUCUGUUGGUUCAGAAGUACCUGGACAUUGAGGAACGCAACUUCGCCGAGUUUAACUUCAUCAAUGAGCAGAACUGGGAACUGCAGCACCUUCUAGAAGAGAUCAAAGAGAUGCAGGAGGCCUUGGUGAACGAGCGCGCCAGCGGGAGCACCAAGCAAGAGCAGGAGGCGCAGCGGCAGGCCGCCUUGCAGCAGCACCUGGAUAAGGCGCGCUCUGAGUCGGAUCAGCUCGAGGCCCGCUUGAAGGACUUUCGAGGUCAGGUGGAAACGCUCAAGGCCGAUAUCCAGCUGCUCUUCACCAAGGCUAACUGUGACAGCAGCGUCAUCGACGACCUCCUCGGUGUCAAGACCCACAUGCGGGAUCGGGACAUGAGCCUCUUCCUGAGCCUCAUUGAGAAGCGACUGGUGUACCUUUUGACAGUGCAGGCCUUUCUAGAAGUCCAGAACCAAGCCCCCUUGACGGACACUGCCCUCCUGCUGCUGGGCCAGAGCCAUGAGGAUCCUCCCAAGAAGAUGGCCCCUCUGCAGCCACCUGACAGCAUAGAGGAUCCCCCCGGUUUUGUGGCCAAAGACGACCAUCCCAUGAGCAGGGAGGAGCUGCUGAGCCAAGUGAUGCAGGCGGUGGAGGUCCAGGAGCUGGCCCAGGAGCAGCGCCAGAAGGAGCUGGCGGAAGCAGUGGGGAAGAUAGACAGCACCCCGGCCGGGGCCUUCUCAAGCACCAGAGUGGCCAGUGCGGGGCCCUCCCUGGGGGCCACCAGCAGGAUCCCUGGGAUUCCUGGGUCCAUCCUGAGCCACAGAGCCAGCAAGGAUCAGGGCACAGGCUCCAUCAGCCGUGUCACUUUUGGCAUCCCCAGCUCCAGUGUAGGCCAGCUGUCCAGGGGUCACCACUCCAGUACGGGCCAGACCACCUUUGGCCCCAUGAGCGCCAGUGGGGUCCCAGGUUCCAGUCGGACCUCGAGUGCCGGCCGUGUGACCUUCAGACCCAUUAGUUCGGGCAGCAACCUGGUGUCCACUGGCUAUAUGGAUUCCAGCAGAGGCCAGGAGAGCUCUGCAGGUGGCCUGGCGAGCAGAGGGGUGGGGUCAGAAUCAAGUGGGGGCCCCAGCUCCAGCAGAGGGGCUCCCUCCAGCACCAGGCCUGCCUCCUCCAGCAGCAAGGACUCCCGCUGCUUCUAGGGCGUCCAGCCCUGCCCUGCCCUGCGCCCUGCAGGUUCCCCGUCUCUGCCUGCCUCUUUGCCCUGGGAGUCUCCGUCUCUCAGCGUGGGCCUUGUCUCUCUGCCCCUCCAUCUCUUUCCUCCUGCCCAUGGUGCCUCAGCCCUAAGCGCUCAUGUCCCCCACUCCUGCCUCCUCUCCCUCUCCCGCUCACUCCUCCUCUCCGUCUCCCAGGCUCUCCUGGCACCUCACAUUCUCAUCUUUACAGCUCCUCGUUCUUCACUCCCUAAGAGCCUCCCCCAUACUGAAUAGAUGAGCUGUGACCCCAGGAAAUAAAGGUCUGGAGUUCAACUCUUA